CUCUUCUUUUUCCUCCCCUGCACCAAGCAACAAGACCCAGGCCCCCGACGCACCUCCCCUCUGAAAAUCGGUGAGAAAGCUCGAGAUUUUCCCUUCUUUUCUUGUUCAAGAACAACAUUUAGGAGUUUAGAAACCUUCUCCCCCUGCAGGAAAUUCCAGAUCUGCUCUGCUCUGUCUUCACCGCCGGCUACUCUUGAUUGUGGGUGCGAAUUUCUCUAAUUUUUGGGUAAGGAACAGCCACCAAUCCCUCUGUUCUUCUUUGAAUUGGCUUGGGUUAACACUGAUUUCUCUUGGUUUCUCCAAUUUUGGGAUCGAUCCCGAAUUUCUCCCCAAAUUGCCGCCGGCCUUCCCUUAGCUUGCAGCUCCGGUUCUGCUGGGAAAUUCUGGUUCCUGAUCGUUCUGUCAGUUUACCACUGAGAUCGAGUUUUCAGUUUUAUGCAAGUGAGGUAAGUAAAUUUAUGGUAAUGCUCGUACAGUUUUUAAUAGCAUGUUUUGACUUGUUUUUGACGUGGUGGCGGGAGUAAACCCGUUUUAUACAAAAGUAAGUAUGUGUUUACACCAUAAAUUACAAAAUUUUAAAUUAAUGCCACGUGUAAAAUUUUUAUUGGCUGGAGGAGUUUGAGCCAUGUCAGAUUCGGAUUUUGAGCCCCAUGACAGAUCAGCAUAUGUGUUGGCAAGAUAGGAGAGGUAAAGAUAAUGUUUUAUGGAGUAAUUAUCUUCUUGAAACAGAAAGAGAUAAUGGCAGCUGGAAAAUAGGGGAAGAUCACAGUUUAAAAGGGGAUUUUAUCUGAUAAAGUACAGGUGGCGAAAUCUGGAAGGGAAUUAAAUUAGGUCAAAAGGUGAGGUGUCCCACUACUCCAACAAACUACCCAUGAUUGAGUAAUUGCCGGCACAAGAGGAAUAAAAAGGAAAUCUUGGCAAGAGGAAUAGAUGGCCAGCCCUACUCAAACAUCAACAAAUUUUCAUACUUUGAUUUUCUCUGCACAUACUUCCAGAUUUCGGUUUUCAGCACAGAUUUCGUAUUUCAGCACAGAUUCCAUUAGAAUUAGGUUGUUUUUUCAUCAUUCCAGUAGACAAAUUAAUUCCUAUAUUCAGUUAAACAAUUUCUUUUCAUGCAAUGAACUUCAAUUCUUCAAGUUUAUGCAAGAGGUUGACUGUGAGGAAGGAGAGGGUCGUUGGGAAAGUCCUCCUUUCUUACUUUCAGCAAAUCCAACACAUUCAGAAGGAGAGAAUGAGCCAAUCAUUCCACCACCAUUGUCACCAAUACUUAGGGAGCAUUCUUUUGUCAAUCCUACUUUCAACAAGGGUAGUGAAUCUGGAGAUGAUGUUGCUCAAUCUCGUGAUUCUCUUGUGAAAGCUGUGUCAGAUCAUAUUAGCAUCAUGUGGCACACACUGAUGGAAUCUGAGGAGAAAGCUCGACAAAGAAGCCAAGAGGUAGCAAGUGGACCAGUGCAGCCAAAUCCUGUUGAGGCUGCACCACGUGUGGCAGAUUUGGGUAAUCACCAGCAACCCAGAUAUCUGCCACCUCCGCGCCGACCGAAUGGAGGACAUCAACAGCAUAAUGCAACUCCACAAAAGGAGCAUUUCCAGCCUUAUGUGCCACCAGUGCAGCAAAAUCUUCCAAAUCUGCCAGGACAGUACAUCAAUCGUGAUCAGAUUAUUUACAUGGUGCAAGAGGCUUAUGGUCCAGUUCUGAGGCCUCUUGUUAGACCUGCUUACAGAAAACCAUAUCCAGAUUACAUAGACCAAGAAAAUCCUUUUCCAAGGGGGUUCAAGGUUCCAGAAUUCACUCUAUUUUCUGGAGAUGGUGGAUAUUCUUCAAUCGAACAUAUAGGCCGCUUCACAAUUCAAUGUGGCGAGGCCUCCAGUGAUGAUAAUCUGAAGCUCAGAUUUUUUCCUAGCUCAUUAACUAGUACAACUCUCACCUGGUAUCUAAGUCUGCCACAGAAUUCUGCUUAUACUUGUAGGCAGAUGGAAGAUCUUUUUCACAUCCAGUUCUACUGUAGUGAGCCAGAAGUGUCCAUGGCAGAUUUAUCUCAUCUGGUGCAGCGACCUGGAGAAACAUCUGAGGCCUUUCUGGCCAAAUUUCGGAAGGCCAGACUUAAAUGCAGAGUUGCCCUGCCAGAACAGGAAUUUGAUAAAAUCGACAAGGGAAUUCUGCGCUUUCCAGAUAAGGCCAAAGAAACUAUGGGAGUUGAUGCAGAUCCAUUCCCUACCAUGUCUGUUGUGGUGAACGCGGCAGAUCUCAGGAGCAUUACUAGAGACAGAACUCAGACAUACUAUAGGCGCAGACUUGCAGCUGAUGAUCUGAGGUGGGUCAUUGAGGAGGCCAUGGCGCGCAGAAAUCAGGUUAGAUCAGGCUCAUACCGAAGGAGACAGCUCGGGGGGCAUAACUCAACUCAACAGAAAAAUAAUGCAAAUCAGGGAACUGCGAUAUCUGGACGUGCAGAAAAGCCCAGAAUGGUGAAACCAUCACCUAGAUCUCCAACCAAACGAUGGGAACGUGUGGUGCAUCCAAAAUUUCCUAAAGAUCAGGCACAGCCGCUCCCAGCAAGAAGAAAAUCAGUGUGGGUCCGUAAAAAAAAAGGGAGCACAUCUGGUCAGAAUUCUCCAAAAAAGGAGGAACCACCCAAAAGUCCAACAUCGCCUCGAGUUCUGGCUGUAGAAUCCAAUGAAGAAACUGGUUUGAAGGCGAAGUUUGACGUGUCAGAUAAAGCGGAAAUUUCAUCAGAUGUAAUUUGUUUUGGUGAGUUUUUCGUGAAUCUAUCUUGCUUGGUGAUCACUCUUCCUUUGGUCUUUCAAGCAAGAGAGCAGCCAGAAUCUGCAGUCUAUCACCAGACAGAUUUGACUGAGGAAGAAGAAGUCAUUGAAAUCCCAGCCAAGGAAGAUGGUGGCAUGGAUUCAGCAGAUAAAAUCAUUUUCGAAAAACCAGAAAAGAGAAUGACCAGGCACAUCAGGCCAUUAUACAUUCAUGCACAUCUGGACGGUAUGCCAAUAAAUCGAGUUCUGGUGGAUAAUGGAGCAGCUGCCAAUGUUUUGCCAACUUGUAUUCUCCACAAGAUUGGCAAAUCUUUGGGUGAUUUAAUGGAGACAGAAGUGACAAUCAGUGACUUUACUGGUGGAGUAAAUCGCUCAAGGGGAAUUCUGCCAGUAGAACUUACCAUUGGGAAUAGAACUCUCAUGUGUGCAUUCUUUGUGGUUGACACCAUUGCCACUUAUAAUGCAUUGCUUGGGAGAGAUUGGAUACAUUCCAGCUGGUGUGUUCCUUCAACUUUACAUCAAAAAUUGAUAUUUUGGAAUGGUGGCAGAACUAAAGUCGUGAUAGCAGAUGACAAACCUUUUGUGGCAAGUACCAAUGCAGUGGAAGCUCGUUAUUAUGAUGAAGAUAUUGGGACUAUCCGUUUCUUUGGGAUGGACCGCUAUGGCAGACCUUCUGGAAUUACUGCAUGCACCAGAUCUGCAAUGGACAGACAGACUGUGAAGGAGGUAUUUGAAGUAGUCUAUGAAGGUGAAGAGGAAGAUUUGAAGGAUCAGAUAACACUAAAGGAAUUAGAUCUGGCACCAGCAAAGCUUGAUGAUCUGAAAGCAGAGUACAAAGAUUGUUUUGCUUGGGACUAUUCUGAAAUGCCAGGUCUGGACAGAAAUCUGGUAGAGCACAGAUUACCAAUUAGACCAGAUUUCAAGCCUUUUAAACAGCCGCCUAGACGAAUGUCUCCAGAAGUUACUUUAAAAGUAAAAGAAGAGAUAGAGCAGUUGUUGAAGGUCGGAUUCAUCAGGACUUCCAGAUAUAUGGAAUGGUUAUCUAAUGUGGUUCCUGUGGUUAAAAAGAAUGGCAACCUGAGAAUCUGUGUAGACUUCAGGAAUUUAAAUCUGGCAACACCAAAAGAUGAAUAUCCUAUGCCUGUUGCAGAUUUAUUGGUGGACGGUGUAGCACGCCACCGAAUUCUGUCAUUCAUGGAUGGCCACAGCGGGUACAACCAGAUUUUUAUAGCAGAAGAGGACAUUCCAAAGACCGCUUUUCGCUGCCCAGGAGCUAUUGGUACGUAUGAAUGGGUAGUAAUGCCAUUUGGUUUGAAAAAUGCGGGUGCAACUUAUCAAAGAGCCACGAACGCCAUCUUUCAUGACAUGAUUGGUCGUUUUAUGGAAAUUUAUAUUGAUGAUGUGGUUGUGAAAUCUAAUGAGGAUGAAGAACAUCUUGAGCAUUUAAAGUUGGCUUUUGAAAGAAUGAGAAAGCAUGGUCUGAAGAUGAAUCCUUUAAAAUGUGCAUUUGGCGUUUCUGCUGGAAAUUUUCUGGGAUAUCUGGUGCAUGAGCGAGGUCUGGAAGUGGAUCAGAACAAGGCAAGAGCUGUUAUUGAAGCACAGCCGCCAAGAAGCAGAAUUGGGAAAUGGGUUCUGGCUUUGUCAGAAUUCAACCUGAAGUACAUGCCUCAAAAAGCUGUCAAGGGGCAGGCUUUGGCAGAUUUCCUAGCAGAUCAUCCGUGCCUUGAGGUAGAAGCGGAUGAGGAAAAAGAUUUCAAUUGUACCAACAACCAAGCUGAGUAUGAGGCAUUGAUUAUUGGGUUGGAAGUGUUGGUAGAGCUCAAGCUCUUGGAGGAAUUUGAUGAUGUAAUCUUGAGGCAUGUUACUCGAGAUCUGAACAUAGAAGCAAAUGAGAUGGCACAAAUCGCCUCGGGCUUAAAAAUCCCAGAAGGUGUGAUGAGCAGAAUUGUUGUUGUGGAAAAACGAAUUCUGCCAUCUAUUCACAUGCGCGAUGAGUACUGCCAGAUUAUGUCAGAUGUGCAUAACGAAAUCUGUGGUGCACACCAAGCUGGAAUUAAGAUGAGAUGGCUAAUUCAUAGACAUGAGUUCUUUUGGCCAUCAAUCUUGAAAGAUUGCAUCAGUUAUGCUAAAUGUUGCAAAGCCUGCCAGAUUCAUGGACCUUUGCAGAGAGUUCCAGCAGGGCAUUCUUUUAUUAUUGUCGCCACAGAUUACUUUACCAAGUGGGUGGAAGCAAAGCCAAUGAAGAAGGUUGACCAGACCGAUAUUAUUAAAUUUCUCAAGGAGGAAAUCAUUCACAGAUUCGGUCUGCCAGAAACAGUGACUUCAGAUCAAGGGACAGUUUUUGUUGGUGCGCAAGUUGAAGCAUUUGCAAAAGAAAUGGGAUUUAGGUUACUCACUUCAACCCCUCAUUAUGCUCAAGCCAAUGGUCAAGCUGAAGCUUCCAACAGAAUUGUGAUAAAUCUGCUGGAAAAAAUGGUUGAUGAUAAUCCAAGACGUUGGCAUGAGCUGUUAUCUGACACAAUCUGGGCUUACAGAACUUCACAAAGGAGUUCUACCAAGGUAACUCCAUUCUCUUUAACUUAUGGACAUGAUGCUGUUCUGCCCAUGGAGUUGUCUGCUAGAUCAUUGCGUAUAGCGAUUCAACAUGGUCUCACUUUUGGAGAAUAUAAUGAAGCAAUGAUUCUAGAGUUAGAAGACCUUGAAGGGAUGCGAUUGACGGCCUUGGAUAGGCUGCAAACGCAGAAAUUAAAAGUGGCUCGAGCAUACAACAAACGGGUGAAAUCCAGAAGUCUGGCAGAAGGAGAUUUGGUAUGGAAAGUAAUUCUGCCACCUGGAAAGAAAGACCCCAGAUUUGGGAAGUGGUCUCCAAAUUGGGAAAGACCAUUUCGUAUACACGAAGUGCUUAGAGGAAGAGCAUAUUGGCUUGAGUCAUUAAAUGAACAAUUACAUCCUCGAAAAAUAAAUGAAAUCUACCUUAAACCUUACUAUCCUAUGAUAUGGGAGGCUAGAGGUUUGGAUACCAUUGAUUCUACCUGAGACAGAUUUGAGAUAAGAUUUGUACAGUAUUUUAUUCCAUUAUUUUAAGCAUUUUAUCAUUCAAUAAAAAGUGCUGAGCGAA